UUAGGAGUACAAUUGGCGUCCCAAGCAAAAGUAGAGGUAUAUAUAACACUAUCAAUUUCGAGGCGAGCUUUCAGUCUACCAGAAUUAAGAGAUUCUGCAUGCCGCACGCGAUACGCCAUGGAUGAAAAGCAGAAAGAAUCCGAUGGCAAGAAUCGGAUGGAAAACUUCAGCAGCACCGUUACCAUCACUUCGGUGGACUCAGGCAUCUAUAACGACAAAGAUGAACUGUACAACCCCUUCGAUCACAGGGAUAAAAAACACGCAACUUCAGACGGAGGUUCGCUGGCUCAUCUUCUGAAAGCUUCUCUUGGUACAGGGAUAUUGGCGAUGCCGAGUGCGAUAAAAAACGGGGGUCUUCUUUUCGGUGGAAUCUGCACCAUCCUGAUCGGCAUUCUGUGCGCGCAUUGCGUUCACAUUUUGGUCCGUUCGUCACAGGUCCUUUGCAAACGGACGCGGAUGCCUAUGAUGUCAUUCGCCCAAACGGCAGGUGCCGCUUUUCGCGUUGGUCCUAAGCCCGUUCGGCACCUCGCCAACUUUGCGGAAUCAUUCGUCGACGCAGCGAUCGGUGCUACUUGCAUAAGUGGUGCCUGCGUUUAUGUAGUUUUCAUCUCGUCUUCCAUUAAACAGGUAACAGACUAUCACACCGGAACGGAUAUUUCUGUUCGACUUUACAUGUUGAUGCUGGUACCCGCGUUACUGGCUCUGGGACAAAUAAGGAAUCUCAGACAUUUGGUUCCAUUCUCCGUGAUAGCAAACACCAGCAUAAUCGUCGGUUUCGCAAUCACCCUCUACUACCUAUUCCAAGACAUAAAGCCGAUCAGUAGCGUCAACUUGAUCGCCAGUCCUGGUCAACUACCGAAAUUUUUCGCUACGGUACUAUUCGCCAUCGAGGGAAUUGGCGCGGUAAUGCCGGUGGAAAACAGCAUGCGUACACCGGAACACUUCCUCGGCUGUCCGAGCGUCCUUAACAUAGCUAUGACCACGGUGGUUGCCCUCUACGCUGUCAUCGGGGUCUUCGGGUAUCUAAAGUAUGGGGAACAGACGUUGGGAAGCGUCACCUUGAACCUGGACACGACGGACGUCCUAAGUCAAGCCGUGAAACUCCUGAUCGCAUUGGCCAUCCUCUUCACGUAUGGCUUGCAGUACUACAUCGGUGUUGAUGUGAUAUGGGGUGCUCUCCGAGCACGGGUGAGCAAAAAGUUCCAAGGCAUUGCGGAGACCUUGUUACGGAUCUUCCUCGUUAUUGUUACCGUUAUUUUCGCCAUUGCGAUUCCGGAUCUUGAGCCGUUCAUCUCGCUGAUCGGUUCGGUGCUUUUCUCGAUGCUCGGGAUAGCCGUUCCGGCAAUUGUUGAGACCGUUUCAUGUUGGGACAAUCACCUAGGGAGAUAUAGGUGGAGAUUAUGGAAGAACAGCACCCUUGUGGUUCUGGCCCUUUUGGCUUUGGUAUUCGGUUCGUGGGUGUCAAUGGUAGAAAUAAUAGAACUGUACGCGUAGAUUUAUACUAGUAAUAUAUUUAAUGUAAAUAUAUAUAUAUUAUAUAUUUGUGUAAUUAUAGUAACGAUUUUUGUACAUAGA